AUGGAAAUGGAAGUCAAUAACAAUCUAAAUAACCCAUAUGCUGUAGAGAAGAUAAUUACCAUCAAUGAACCAUAUAAUCAAGUCUUACUUGUCACAUCACCUAUUGAUAUUAGUCUCCGUACAAAGGUAUUGAGUGGAAGAAACAAUGCUGCAGUUAUGUUGAAUUACCCAGUUAAUGUGCUUGGUACUGAUAAUGGAUUUGACUUUAAUGAUUAUGACAUAAAUACCUGGUUUAUGUAUGAAAUUAUGUUUGGUGAUAAAAAUGGAACAAGGAUCACAUGGAGAAAAUGGUCGUCGGGCGGACCAGGAAGUCAGAAAAGUAGAGAAAUUUCAACAAUGAAUUGUAAUGAGUUUACGAGUUUCUGGAUUCAGUGGAAUGAUUACGGUGAAAUAAGAAUCGGCGAAGGAGAACAUGUUGGUGAAAUGGAACUGGUGGAAUGGCAAAAACAUUUGGACACCGAGAUGCCGUUUAGAAUUUAUAACGUGGGAAUAAAAUCAUUGAGCGAUCUUGAUGUUGAAUGGAUAAUUCAUUUAACAGAUGAAAUAAACCAGAUAAAAAUAGAAGCACCUAUUGUUAUGGAAAAAUUUCUAAAUACCACUAAAGACAUUCUUAAAAGAUCAUUGCCGUUAGAAAUGUAUGGCUUCAAUAUGGACCAAGAAAAGUCCAUUUCAUUCAGUGUUAGAUCAUGUCGUGAUGUUAGACUAUAUCUAUCUACCAGCACGCCUGAUAUACCAACACGGCUAGCAGGAACAGUCUUGUAUGAAAUUCAACUGAUUGAUUUCCAAGUUAAAGUGAGCAAAUGGGAAUACGAAAAUAAAUAUAUUUUGAUGAACAAGACACUUGAUGUCUCGAAUUGUUUUAUGAAUAAUUCAUAUGGAUCAUUUUGGAUAAGCUGGAUGCAGAAUAUAUUAACAUUUGGAACCGGUCUCAAUGUAGGUGUCAAUCAGUUUAUAGAAAUUCCCAUGGGCUAUUCAAACAUGAUUCAAGAUAUAUAUGUAGCUUCCCUUACACAUGACAGUCGAUUGUGGAUUAUUAACAGAAAAGAGAUCCCUUCCUAUGUUGGAGAAAGAAACAAAUACGUCAUGGAUUUUGAUCUAGAUGGUGAUUAUGAUGAAGAUUGUUCCAUGAGAAUAUAUGAUUGUGGAGUUCCUGAUUUUGAUAAUGCAUAUGUACACAUUCCAUAUCGAUUGAUAACCGAUAACAAGUAUGGAAGAGUACAUACUGUAGUAUGUUCUGAAAACUUUACACAUUCAGGAAGUUUUGUCACUCGAUGUCUGCCGACAGGAAAGUGGUCGAAAGAAUUCCAGUGUUUACCAAACUGCAAAGAACCACCACAGUUGCGGAAUACGGGAUCGAUGCAUGAUAAAAAUAGGAAUUAUUCAACAUGGUCAACGUAUAAUUAUGACUGUGUUACGGGCUCUGCUAUGAAAGGCAAUGGUACGAUUGUCUGUCAGGAUAAUGGCGAAUGGAGUGAUCCUCUGUUUGAAUGCAUUUGCCCUCAACCACCAAGGAAACUAAAUACCCAUUAUACUACCUCUGAUCAAGAUGCCGAAUAUCGCCAUGGAGACGCCUAUCGGUAUGAAUGUAUGACCGGAUAUGCCAUGACCGGAAAUAGCACAAUCACAUGUUUACGAAACGGUCAGUGGUCAGAGCCUUCUUUCACUUGUUCAGAUUGUAAAUGUCCAUGCAAGUUGCCUGAUUUGACAGAGGAAGACAUUCAAGAAAUGAAGGACAAAAUACGAAGAGAGAACCUUAUAGACAAAAAGAGCGUCUCGAAAUAUAGGCGAAAGAUAACAAGUGCCCCCGACAAUAGAUUCUCGGCAAAAGCAAUUGGAUACGUUGGAGUGGCUUGUUUGACAACUACCGGAUUGGUGGUAGUCCUCAUUGAUGCUGUAAGCCUUGUGAAUACUGUGAGCACAGUGUUUCAGAACAUCAAAGGAUUGUUUAUAUGACAUUUGUAAACUCUUAUCAUUUACAUUUUUUGUUUGUUGACUCCAAACAUGGUUACUUCAUUUAGGUCGGCAUUGAUGCAGUAUUGUACAAGUUGUAAAUACUUUUGAUUAGAAGAACUAGAAGUGUUCACAGUUAAUGGUUAUUUGUUAUAGUAAAUAUAUAUUGUUUUGAAUAUUACCUUUAAUGUUGUAAAAAACCCCCUAGACAUUGUUUGUGUUAAAACGAAAGGCAAGUAUUGAUAUGUAAAUUUUACAACUUCUUGUUGUAACAGUGCAAUUUAAAAUGUUCUGUGUGUGACAGUUUUUGUAUUAAGGCGAAAGUGUUAUUUUUCUCUUUGUUGUUUAAAUUUCCAUCAUUGUGUCUCUAUUGGAUAGUUGUCACAUUGGAAUUCAUACCACAUCUUCUAUUUUUUUAAUGAAUCGAA